UGUGAUCGAAAUAAAUCUACAAUCAAAGUGUUCGUGUUAAGUGUCUUCAAGUGAAUUAAAGGUUUCAAGAUGGCUUUUGCAGCGGCGCGUAUGAUCCUUAAGGAUAAGAGGAGGAAGGCUUCCAAGGAAGAUUUUAGAGAUCCAAGAAAUAGAAGCAAGGCCCGGAGCGCUAGCACCAGUAGCUUUAGGAGUGUAAGUCAGGCCAGAAACAAGCCCGCAGACGGUGGUGGACACGUCAAUCAGAAAAACGCCGCGGGACAAAAAGCAACGCCUCCAUGUCAAAAAGGUGCAUCUACAAAAGGUGGUCCAAAAACACCAGUGAAACCAUCAGCGCAGAAGGGAGCAGCGAAGACAGCACCACCGAAACAGGCGGCGGCAGCUGGAGUGAAGACGCCACAAGGAAAGAAGAAAAAGGGCCAUAAGCAUCAGCAAUACGAGCUGAUCGUCACAAUUAACUUGUCAGAAUAUGGCCUUACAGAGGAACAAGUCGCAGAAUUCAAGGAAGCCUUCAUGCUGUUCGACAAAGACGAAGAUGGUACCAUCACGAUGGCUGAGCUGGGAGUUGUAAUGAGAUCACUGGGACAGAGACCGUCAGAGACUGAAUUACGAGAUAUGGUUAAAGAAGUGGAUCAAGAUGGCAAUGGAACGAUUGAAUUUAAUGAGUUCCUUCAGAUGAUGUCUAAGAAAAUGCGCGGAGCAGAUGGCGAAGAUGAACUCAGAGAGGCUUUCAGGGUAUUUGACAAGAACAACGACGGGCUAAUAUCCUCAGUAGAGCUUAGACACGUCAUGACCAACCUCGGUGAGAGACUUAGCGAAGAAGAAGUUGAUGAUAUGAUACGUGAGGCUGACCUUGAUGGUGAUGGCAUGGUCAAUUACGAUGAGUUCGUGACAAUAUUGACGUCGAAAAACUAGUAUGCAGAGGAACAACCCAAGAGAGAUCGUUCCCCACCGCGUCAGUGUCCGUAUCCGGAACUAACCGAGCUUGGCGGGAAAGAAACUCUCAUUUAAAUGAGUCAGUGUAAACUCAGUUUGGAAGUGUUGUUCUUUACGCCUCAGGGAGUGAAUUAACUGUUAAUGUGAAACGAAACGCCUAAUCUCCCAACGAAGUUUUAGUUGCAUGACGUGAGAUACGAACGGCCUUUGUGGAUGUACCUUUUAUAUGUGCCGUGAACUGUAACCUAUAUUAUAAUUUAUUUAUCGUGUCGUAUA